GAUGUUCACCGCCAACUUAGCGAAACCUCGUUAAUCAACGGAAUAUUGGAAUCGGGAACCAAACUCAAAAAUAUUAUGGCGUUGCGCCUGAUAAUAAUUACGAGGCAGUUUGGUUGUUCUAUAGUAUACGUGUGAGCCUUGUGCCAGACUUCAUUUGUAUACUGGUCUCGUUGCGUAGAUUAUUUCGAAAAUUACGUAGUGAAAGCCAUCUAUACUGUAUAGUGAUGUGUACAAUUUCAGUACAUGGCUAAUGUCUGCUUUUGUUAUAAUUGGAAAUGGGAAAACAUAAGAAAAAGGAUAAAAAGAAAGACAAGAAGAAGCAUCGCAGACGUCGCUCAUCACCAAAAAGUGAUUCGGAUGGAUCAUCAAGCUCUUGGGAAGAGGUCCCUAAGGCAUCCGACAACAACCAAAAGCAAGACAAAGAAGGAAGUUCUUCGGAAAGUAGUUCAGCGUCAGUUUGUUCAUGGAAAAAUGUUUCGAAGGGUAGUCAAAAGAAUGCCGAUCGUGGGCCUGCCAAUCAAACCUUCUGUCAAGCUUCCGAACGGAUAGAUUGGCUGGCUGGAAGCGAUAUUCUCUCAUCGAUAUCAAAAGAUUAUCGUGAGGAGAAAAGGGGACGACAUCAGCAAAGAAAGCAAAUGGAACGGCGAGUGGAUCAGCCUGGACAACAUGAACGAGAGCAAAACCCAUAUUGGAAAGAUGGGGGUCUAGGGCUUCCACAAAGCGAAUCAACUGCGUCGGAGCAAACCGGGGAAGGACUUUCAGCUAGUCGAAGUUUACCGGUGGCUGAGAGUGAUCAUGGACAGCUGCAGUGGCUUCAGCGCGCCUUAAAAAGAUUGAAAGAGGAAGCUCACGAUAAGGGGCUCCCGGUGGAGGAGGUCGCCAAGGAACGCUGGGGUAGCUUAUCAAAGCUUGAGGGUUUAAUUCGUGAAGCGGAAUUGAAAACUGGCAUUCGGUGUGGCCGCGGUCCGAUAAGGUACAAUGACAAUUCUUGUUUUGAUGGCCGUAGCGAUCGACGCCACCAUGAGGGAGGCUCCUCACGUAAGUGGGAAGACACGCGUCGUCGAUUGCGACGGCCGGAUUCUGAUGAUGAAGGUGAAUAUAGAGGAUCAGCAGCCAGAGUAUUGCAGAAAGAUAAUGAAAGGACAUCGUCAAAUGGGACCAGUUGGACGGUAUCAGUAGACCAUCGAAAGAGUCGACAACAUCAAGAUAGCCGUUAUCGAAUAGAUAAAGAACGAAAAUCUUGGCGAAAGGAUACACUUCAGAUGGAACCGUCAUGUCAGACGCAAAGUAAGUCUGAACUUGAAGAUGUAGAAACCACAGGUAGCCCGCAAAAAUCGGGCGAAUUUCAAAGAGAGCCCGAAGGUGAUGCUAAAGCCUCGACCGAAUCCUGCGCCUCACAUGUCAAAAUCAAUGCAUCUUCUAAUCUUCAGUCGCAAGCAUCAAAAGAUGAAGAUCAACAGGAGGAAGAAAUAAAGGUUCUUAGCGAUACUGAGCUGAACAAGCUAGCUGCAAAGCUUCUCAAAGCUGAAAUGAUGGGGCACACUGAGCAGGCGGACAAACUUCGAAAAAAAAUCCAGGCUGCGCGAAAACUUCGUGAAGAAAAUCCCUAUGCCGGCAAAGGCCAAGCUCUGCAACAACAUGAAGUCGUUAUUCUUACCAAGACAGACUCACGAGGCAUUUCCAGACCGGUUCAGCUUAUUCCAGAGGAAGGCCCCUCUGAUGCUAAACGACAGAAGAAAAUUAAACCGGAUACCCAUAGAGCGGGUGACCGAAUGCGGUAUUUCGCAGACGACGAUCGACAGUCGCUUAAAGAAAUGUUUGAGCGCGAAAAGUUGUCGACAGCUGCGGACGAUAUGGCCAUGUUCGCUAAAAUGGCUGGUCGAAUCAAAGCCAAGGUAGGAGAUGAGGAUUACACCGUCGAUGACGGCUUCGUGGAGCAGGCCGCCAGACACGAUGACUCCAAGUCUCAAAAAGAGCAAGAUGCUAAUAAAGCUAUACAAGAACACCAUGUCAUGAGGAAAGCGCUGGAGACAUGUUAUUAUUGUUUGGAAUCGCCAGCAUGUCUGAAACACCUACUAAUAUCCGUUGGCAGUUACGUAGCACUGAGUCUACCUACCUAUGAAAGUCUUACAGAGGGGCAUUGUAUUCUCGCGCCCACACAGCAUAUUGCCGCGUUAAAUCUCGCCGACGAAGAUGUUUGGCAGGAAAUAACGAGGUUCCGUACUGCUUUGACUGCUAUGUUUUUGGCUGCCAACUACGACUGUGUUUUUCUUGAGACGGCGAUGGGCCUGUCCUCGUUAAGGAAACCGCACACAGUUCUACAUUGUGUACCCGUUCCUCGCGAAGUCGGCGAACUCUUGCCGAUGUACUAUAAAAAAGCCAUUCUCGAAUCCGAAACAGAAUGGGCGCAAAAUAAAAAAUUGGUUGAUUUGUCGGUGAAGAGGGGACUUCGUUACUCAAUACCAAAAGGUCUCCCCUAUUUCGCCGUGGAUUUCGGCACAGAUCACGGUUUCGCCCAUGUCAUUGAAAAUGAAAAAGAAUUCCCAAGGCAUUUCGGACUUGAGAUUGUUGGAGGUCUUAUUGACUGCGAACCACGUCUGUGGCUAAAGAAGCGCGCCGAGAAUUUUCAGCAGCAAAGCUUAAAAGCUGUCAAGUUUUCUAAAAUGUGGAGUCCAUACGAAUUCAACGAGAAGCUCGUCUAACGCCGAAUCGAACGUGUCAGAUAUUCUAUUUGAUUUAGAUGCAGAUCUAAUACACUAGCGUAGCGAGUACUAAACAGCUUUGUAUAUCCGCUAUUAGAUGUUGGAAUCCUACUUCCUUAAUGAAUUCGCUGCGAUAGUAUCUGCUACGUAUUUUUGAACUAUAGAACUGUUAUAUAGCUCAGAUUGAAGACCGCUUAUUUGAAUACGACUUACUAAUUUCAAGUUAUGGAUCAGUACCAUAAAUGAGACUGUACAUAUUCGCAUGUACAUGUAAAACAAGUGAAUAAAUAUGAGUUACUUUAAAAACGCA